AUGACUUCCUUUGUUGACGAAAGGCCUGCGGAUUCGACCAGUCUGGAAAGUGACAAGAAAUGGAGCUUACAGCCUCUGAUCCGUAAGGUUGAGCGGUCCCAUAGUCGAAUGCCGGGAAUUCGAAAGAUUCCUUUUCGAGCCAUCGCCAUCAUUACUCUGAUUGCAUUUUUGAACAUCAUUGUGUGGGUUGCGGCGGCGGUUGUGCUGCACUUUCAUCCAUCAAUGGUAUCCACUGCAGCUCUUGCAUACUCCCUUGGGUUGAGACAUGCUUUUGAUGCGGACCAUAUUUCUGCCAUCGAUUUGAUGACACGUCGAUUAUUGGCAACCGGACAAAAGCCUGUCACUGUGGGAACGUUCUUUUCACUCGGGCAUUCCACGAUCGUGAUCAUCACAUCCAUUGUGGUCGCAGCUACAGCUGCUGCAGUAUCCUCAAAGUUCGAUAGCUUCAGCACUAUCGGCGGAAUCAUUGGUAGCUCCGUCAGCGCAGCUUUUUUGAUCCUCCUUGGACUGAUGAAUGCCUAUAUUCUAUUUAAAUUAAUCAAACAAAUGCAAAAGGUGUUCAACUUGGCCGAAGGAGAAGAGGACGAAGCAUGGAAGAUCGAGGGUGGAGGACCGUUAUUUGCCAUCCUGAAGAAGAUGUUCAAAUUAAUUGACCGUCCUUGGAAAAUGUAUCCUCUUGGUAUUCUGUUUGGACUUGGUUUUGACACCUCAUCAGAGAUUGCGCUGCUCGGGAUCUCGUCCAUUGAGGCUGCCAAGGGAACAUCAUUUUGGGUCAUUUUGAUUCUUCCUGCAUUGUUCACCGCUGGUAUGUGUCUUCUGGACACCAUUGACGGAGCCCUCAUGUUCUCCCUGUACAUCCAGCCUGCACAAAACUUCCUUUCCCAAAAGGCUGCUGCUAGUGAUGAUUCUGAAAUAGCCUCAAUCGAUGGUGACGAAUUACCUCAGUCCAGAGACAACCACCGAGACCCUAUCGCAUUCCUGUACUACUCGAUCGUGCUCACCAUCUUGACUGUCAUCGUUGCCAUUGUGAUUGGAGUAAUCCAGCUCCUUACCAUGGUUCUUAGUGUGACCAAUGCCACAGGAAAGUUCUGGGAUGGCGUACAAGUGGCCGGCGAUUAUUAUGAUGCGAUUGGAGGUGGCAUUUGCGGUUGCUUUAUUAUAUUUGGAGGACUGAGCGUUUUGGUUUAUAAGCCAUGGCGGAGAUGGAUGGACCGACGUCACGGGCGCUCGACUAUGAAUGAUGAAGAGCGAUACCGUGAUGAUGCUUCUAGGCCGGAGGAUACCAUUAUUACUAGCUGUGGAGUUGGUGAGGGCGUGUAUGAGCGUGAUCAAACUACCGUUGAUGUCAAAGGGUCAUCUCGUGUCACAGCGACCGUGGAACGACGGAUUGAAGAGGAGAUCGUUUAA